AUGGCCUUCUUGGACCUCGUGGCCCAGUGCAUGGCGGUCUCGCCGGCCGAGACAAGCACGACCGUCGCCCAAGUCCAAACGCUGCGCUGCGUUCUCGCCAACCAAGAAAUGCAACGCAACAUGAUGGCACCUCCCAUGAUGCAUUCGUACGCAUUGCCACCGACGUCGCUGCCGAUCGCGUCCCAGCCAGCGGCGCACAACUUGGGCUGGAACUAUGAAGCCGCGUUCACGGCCAACCCGACGUCUCCAGUGUCGAUCAAUGCCCAGUACGCAGCCGAUGCGCUCGCGAUGCACCCAGUGGCGACCACCAACGCGCGCCCGGAGAGCGACAUGGAUGAACCCACAGUGUUUUUAACCAACAGCCACAGCAUGAGCACAGUGUCGCCGGCGCCCAAGAAGAAGGGCGAGCGCUCCGCAUGGACCGAAGAGCAGGUCGAGGCGCUCAAGGUUGCAGUCGCCAUGUUUGAAGCCGAAAACCCGGACGGUACCCUCAGUGGCAAGUGGAAGGCCAUUGCGGAGAACGUGCCAGGUCGUGUCCAUACGCAGUGCCGGCAGCGAUGGGAAGACUCGGACAAAGAAGAGCGCACGAAAGGGACAUGGAGCGAGGACGAAGACAAGGCGCUUCGCGAGGCGUUGGAAGCCAUCGAGGACACGACGUGGCGGCGCUGGACAACGGUAGCCGAGAUGGUUCCCCGCCGAACGUACGCUGCCCCCUUUGAUGAGUGUUUGGCAGUAUAA